AUGUCUUCGCAACGAGAGGAAUCAACUUCGCGUCUGGAGUGGCAGCAGCGCCAUAGACAGACGUUACAGAACACGGUUGAAUCUGUACAUAUAGGUAGAGCUACAGCACAUAUGCUUUGUAUGCAAGCUGAACAGCUCAGCUGCACGGAGCACGUGGUGGAUGAGACGCAAGCGACUGUGGACAUGUCGAAACGUGUUCUCCGAGGAAUGACUUGGUCCGGUUGGUUUUAUAAUAAAUUACUGAUGUUUCCUCAAUAUUCGACCAAUAAGGAGCCAGAGAAGAUUGUAAUGGGAUUCAUUUGUCCCGAGUGUAAAGUAAAAUUCGAGUCUCCUGAGCAGUUGGGAAUGCACUAUGACAGUAUUCAUGAGAAAAAAGGAGAGAUAAGUGUAAAUGGGGGUGCGAAACAUUGCAAAAGUCAGUUAUUGCAAGAUGCAAGUCAAAUAGGUGGCAAUUCUAUGGCGAAUGAUAUCCAUGACCAAUUUAUUCGUGAUCUGGAGCCGCAAUUAGCACAGUUGAAGGAACAAUCACUGGCGAUUGGAGACGCAUUGGAUAUGCAGAAUGAACAACUGGAUCGACUGGAUUUGAAAAUUGGACAAGUCCACCAGGAUAUGAAAAAAGUGGGGAUUCAGGUGACUAGAUUUACAGGGAGGAAGACUUCUCUUGUCUUUCGAUUUCGAUGUGCAUUCCAGGAGGUGCAAAGUAAAAGGUUCUUGCGAGAUGAGCAUGGAGAGGCGGUGCUGGGUGCUGGUGUUGUGGUAGAUGGUUGCGCAUUUCGUGCCUAUACACUGGGCGAUGAUGAUGAUGUUUGGGGUUUUCAGAGUGAGAAGUCAAGUUACUUUUUGGGUAUCAACCGGUAUGGCAAUCUGAAGGUGCGAGGCGCAGAUUUGAACUCGUAUGAGCAGUUUCUCAUCGAAUGCAAACCCAGCACUCCUCUUUUUUCGCUAUCGAGCUACCUUGGGUUUGGCGGUUGGAUCGCCUUGAAGGGAUCAAGGAGCAGCAACAACCUUACCAUCAUACGAGGAUCACCUGAGAACAAGUCGUCGGCUGCUUAUUUUAGAAUUAUCAACUUGGACGAUGGAAUGAAGUAG